AAUAGUCUAUGAUAAACUUACAACUAUGUACCCAUAUUUGAAAAAUGGCAACCCUAAUGAUACGCUACCACCCAUUCCAGCAGAUUUUGACCUUCAGUUUAAAGGACAUGUGUUUCGUUGAGGAUCCUGAACAACUGGUGCUGUUGUGUGACUGGGAUGAUCUCAUUACGGUGAUAGGCUCAAAUGUUGUUCUUGACAUUCGAAGAGAAAUCUACAGCAGUCUUGAGUAUACCACAUCGGCUGGAAUUAGUCGGAACAAAAAUACAGCCAAGUUGGCAGGUGGAUUCUUGAAACCAGAUAAUCAGACUAUUAUCCUCAAUAGUCAAAUCCCUAGUUUUAUGAAAAAGUUCGAGCUCAACGACAUUAAUGGAAUGGGUGGGAAAGCUGGAGACCAGAUCCUUAGACGAUUCAACGUUCCCCCAGAUGUAAACUCUAUUGAGUACUUGAAUCAGUUGCCAGCCAAGGACCUUUCUGUUGAAGAGUACCCCAACCUCUAUGAUAUUGUUCAAGGAGAUUUCUCCCAGCCUCUAAGAGACCGGGUAGAAAUCAAGUCAAUGAUGUCGAGGAAGCAGAUGAUGGCCAAGAACCCAAUAAAAACGGUAUACGACUCCAUUGACUGGAUAAAGACGUUUGCCGGUGAUUUAUGUAAUCGGCUUGAAGACCUUGACGAAGAACUGGGGGUCUUGACUCGUCCCAGAACCGUAUCUGUGAACAUUCACAUCAAAGGUUCUAGUAACUCCAAACAAUGCUCUAUACCUGUUGUAAAGGACUUGAAAAAAUUAGAGGCUCUAAUCAUUGCUUCGUGUAUGACUCUCAUUGUCGAGCUAUUGAACAGCAUGUUCGACUUGGCCCGGUUGAACAGUGUAGAGAAGUUGGACUUUAAGAACAUUCACCCGUAUAACAAGAUAGACAUUCCUCACAUUCACAACAUUGCUUGUAUCAUAUCAAACUUGGCUAAAUUGGAAAAUUCCAUAGAUGUAUUUACAACCUCCGACAAGUCGAGUGCCAACAAGAAACUAUUUGAACAAUUUGAACAAGAGCAGAAAAAAAAUGUUGAGUCCCAAACGGCUGAUCCUGUGGUGCAACCAAAGAUGAACAAAGUGUAUAUCAACAAGCUUUUUCAGAAGUACGAACAGGACCAAAGCAAAGAGCCUGUUACACAAAAGAAGGAGCCAUCAGCACCAAAUAAGGCUCCCACCAAAACCAAAAGACCAUCUGCUGCUCCUGAGAAAGUCCCCAUAUCCAAUCCCUCAUCCAAGAAACCUAAGUACAAUAUCCUAGACUCCUUGAAGAAUCGUACCAACAAAAGCUCAUCGCCGGGCCCAACUUCGCGCGAUGUCGACCCAAGUUCUUCGACCUACUACUGCGAUAUCUGCCGCGACAGCUUCCCCGAUUCUCAAGAACACAAAGACUACCAUUUCGCGCUCGAGCUUUCCAAGCUGCUCAACUAACUUUCUCCACACAACUUCAUGUCAAGUCCUUCAAGCAUACAACAAAAUGGCAAUGCCCUUCCCUUCGCCAACUCGGCCACUAUAGUAAGAGCCAAUCAGAAGGAUGCAUACUUUGAGUCGUCACUUCGAAGUCAAAUCCAAGAUGCGUUCCAGAUCUUCAAGGGCCAGCGGUUUAUCAAUAAGUACCCAGAAGAAAUCACUGUGGCUACCAAGCUGAUGUACUUGAUCUUGACGACUUUGGCUGGGUACAGAACCUUGGGAGAAGAGUACGUUGAUUUGCUCUACAUUAAUCGCAGUGGGAAGCGGUUUCCAGGAUUAUUUAGGAGGCUUGGUUUCAUAGUGUCAUAUGCUUUGGCACCUUAUAUCAUUUCCCGAAUUGUCAAGAAAUUCAAGCUUUACAGCUCUGAAAAUGAGAGGAAUAAAGUUAAGAAAUGGUUCAUCGAUGUUUUCUCCAGUUAUACGAGCGUAUUAGACACAAUGAUGAAUUUGCACGUUGCUAUGUUCUAUUUUCAAGGGUCGUACUAUUCUUUAUCAAAACGUCUAUUUGGUAUGAGGUACAUCUUUGGCCACAACAAAGACUUGAACAAGAUGGCUAAGAACUCAAACUACUCGUUACUUGGGUUAAUUAUCUUACUUCAGUUUGUUGUCAAGGGUUUAAUCAAGUUCAAGGCAUAUACUGACCAGACCAAUUUGGAUUCGAGCAUUAUAGUCGAUCAUGAAGACGAUGGUACGUACAAAAGAAUUUCCCAGAUCAAGGUUUCGGCAAAUGAAGUAGACUUAGCAGAUGAUAGCCAACUUCCUUAUAUUCCUGAAGCCUCAAGAAAUUGUAUUCUUUGUCUUUCGCCUAUGGUGAACCCAUCGGCUGCAAACUGCGGUCAUUUAUUCUGCUGGGAAUGCAUUGUGGAUUGGGUAAGAGAAAACCCUGAAUGCCCUCUUUGCAGGACGCUGUGUGUAGAACAGAACUUGUUGCCUUUAAAGUGACUUUUUGCAUGUAUUUAUUAAUGAGUGUAUUAUGAAUAAACUAUACUAGUUACCAGUCGUCCAAUCCUCCCCAACCACCCUCUUCUUGAUCAUCAUCCACCAAGUUCAACUUCAACAGCGAGACUGGUUUCUCUUUGUGGCCUAGCUUCAAUGUAGAUGUCUUCGUCCUAUUGGAAGAUAUAGGCUUUCUUGUGUUCACAGGUUUGGUGGACUUUGCAGCUCUUGGUUUAGGCUUUUCCAACUCCUCAUCUUCAACUCCACCCCAGCCAUCAUCAAAUUCAUUCCAACCAUCUUUUAUGGUCAAAUCUUCAGUUGAAUGUGUAACUGAUGCAAUUGUAGGAGUAUUCCUUGCGCUGUUGCUAUUGUUUGUGGCUAUAAGAUUAACAGUGCUGGAACUCUUGUUGAUUUCAUUAUUCAUUUGGCCCUCGACUCCGGACGAAACGAACUUGUUCAUGAGAUUCCAGCCAAAUCCACUUCCGGAUCCACCAUUACCGGGUGCUACAUCCUUCUUGACUGUUUCGUUGGGGGUCCCAUUCUUAGCCAAGAAUUCCUUUUCUUCCAAUUCUUCAUCUUCUUCAUCUC